AUGGGCAAUAGCGAACCUCAAUUGGCGUUGCGAAAUGUUUUGGCGAACAGUUCAUCUCCUUAUCUCCGGGAGCAUAAGAACAACCCUGUAACAUGGCAGGAGUGGUCAGAGAAUACCUUGGCUCUGGCAAAGAAACACCAACGGCUUAUCUUUCUGAGCAUCGGCUACAGUGCCUGCCACUGGUGCCAUGUGAUGGAAAGAGAGUCGUUCAACUCUCCUGAAGUCGCCGAGAUUCUUAACAACUAUUUCAUCCCCAUCAAGCUGGAUCGAGAAGUGCGCCCUGAUCUUGACGAUAUCUAUAUGAGCUAUGUCACGGCAACGACAGGCGCAGGCGGGUGGCCCCUGAACGUGUUCUUGACCCCGGAGCUCAAGCCUGUCUUUGGAGGAACCUAUUGGCCUGGGCCCACGCCUACCACCAAUCUCAAGCAAGCCGUACCUCAUGAUGAAGCUCCUGUCACGUUCAUCGAGAUUCUCUCCAAGAUGAAGGAGGUAUGGACUACUCAACGCGAGCGAUGUCUCCAGUCUUCUUCAGAGAUUACGGAUCAGUUGCUUGCCUUUGCUGGAGAGGGAAUCCAUUCACAUUCAGAUAGCCGCGCCCCAGAGAAUGAGCCGUCGUCGACGGAUCCGCCUGAACCAUUGGACCUGGAUCUUCUAGACGAAGCGCUGACCCAUUUUGUGUCUCGAUACGACGCUGCGCACGGCGGCUUCAGCCCGAGUGCAACAGCGCCGAAAUUUCCAACACCUUGUAAUCUCACUUUUCUCCUUCGAAUCGGAGCAGCGAUUGCUCGGCCUUCCACACACACCCGUUUUGGCUUCUUCAGUCCCCUACCUGGCAUCCUUGGCAAGGACUCGUGCCUUACCGCUGCGCGCAUGUCGUUACAUACCCUUCUGGCCAUGUCACGGUCAGGGUUGAGAGAUCAGCUUGGUUACGGCUUCCACCGAUACAGUGUCACGACCGACUGGAAUCUACCUCACUUCGAGAAAAUGAUGUGUGACAACGCUCAGCUGCUUGGCUGCUUCUGCGACGCAUGGGCAUUGGGUCGUGAUCCGGAGAUUCUGGGGACGAUAUAUAACCUCGUCGAGUACUUCACCAAUCCAGGAUCACCGAUAGUACAUCCCGAAGGCGGCUGGUAUUCUAGCGAGGAUGCGGACUCACAAAGCACGCUUGCACCCCUCAGCAACGGUGCCAUUGCAGAUGACAGGAAGGAAGGUGCGUUCUACGUCUGGACACUCAAGGAGUUUCAGUCGAUAUUAGGAGACCCAAAUGCCUCGAUCCUUGCCCGACAUUUUGGCGUUAGGGCGGAUGGUAAUGUGCCUGCGCAGCAUGACCCGCACGACGAGUUCCUAACCCAAAAUGUCCUACACAUCAGCGCUACACCGUCGGUGCUGGCCAAAGAAUUCGGCCUUGCCGAGGAAGAAGUUGUUCGGGUCAUCAAAUCGGGACGUGCCAAACUGGCCGAGUACCGUAAAGCGAAGCGGGAACAGCCACGAGUUGACACCAAGAUCAUUACCUCUUGGAACGCACUGGCCAUCACGGCCCUUGCUCGUGCCGCCAACACACUGUCCACGAUCGACAGACAUCGAGCACAGCGGUGUCAGGAAGCUGCAGAGAAAGCAGCAGCAUUUAUACGCAGGGAAAUGUUUAACGAGAGCACAGGCCAACUCACCCGGAUCUCAUCGGACCCAGCCCGGGAUGACGUCGACGUCGCCUUUAUCGACGACUACGCGUAUUUGACGCAAGCAAACCUGGCCCUCUACGACCUUACUCUCUCUCAACCAUACCUCGACUGGGCAGUGCGGCUUCAAUCCUACCUCGACGAACAGUUUAUCGCCUCCACCACGGGAGGAUAUUUCCAAUGUGAACGACCUCGUCCCUCCGCUCCUCCUGAGCAGAUCAUCCGCCUAAAGCCUGGCACUGACACGGCAUUGCCAUCGCCCAACGGGACGAUCUGUACAAACCUCUUGUAUCUCUCGUCGUACAUACAAUCCCAGUCGCCAUCGCAACAGUCGACAACCACAAAGUCAUAUAUCCGGCACGCACGUGCGACACUCGAUGCCUUUGCCGUCGAAAUCCUCCAACACCCUUUCCUGUACGUCACUCUCCUCGGUGCGCUAGUGAUGGAGCAGGUCGGAGUCAAGACGAUCAUCGCCCCAAUGACGACGAAGGACUCUGAGCUCCGACGUCUGAAGGGCUGGGGGAGGACUGUGGUCAAAGGCAUCGUAUCCGGGGUUACCAUAUGUACCCAGAAGGGCGUAUGCAGGGCCUUGCGGAGGGAAGAUCUCGAGGACGUCGAUGAGCUCGACGAGGGGAGUGGACAAGAGAAGGCCAAGGCCAAGCGUGUUGGUACCGACGAUGGACCUGCCACGGCGGGACCCGUCAGGGAAAGUGUCUAG